UUUUAAGAAAAAAAAGAGUCAUAGCCUCAUCCCCCUCCCUCGGACUCUCGCCUCUCUCUCUGCCUAGCCGCUUCAACGACUGCCUUGUACAGACAGCCACCAGCGUGGUUCUGCCUGUCCACGGUCCGUUGGGUGCCUUGAUAUAACUCCUUUUCCAUCACACGACUCAUUUCAAAAUGUACCUUAUUGAUUCAUCCGUUCCGAUCGCCUGUGUUGCUGUUACCGACCUCCGCAUCGUCACCGUCUCUGGCUCCAUCUAAUACCACUCAUCGGAAAGAGUCAUUACCGCCACGUGCCCCUGCUUUGGUUCUUAUAUCAGAAGCACUUGGUUGAUCGGAUCGUGAAUACGUUUUCCUUUUCUUCUUGUUUUUAUAGUUGUUGUCCCCUUUGACCUCUCUUUUUUAACCGCUACACCCGGCGGUUCCGCUUAUUUUUCUACGUCUGGUUAUCAACCUGGCUCUCUACAUCUAAAGGUCUGCCGUCGCCUUCGUCGCAAAGACGGCUUCUGUCUCCUCGGCUCUCGUUCCCGGUUCCCUGCUUAACGGUAUCUUGACACUUAACGGUUCCAAAAAUCGGACCAUCUCGCUUUUAUCCGGCGGUCUUCAUUUGAACAUUUGUUCACACAAACGCCCUAUAUGAACUCCACAGUACUCCCGGAUAUGUCAGGGAUGGACGUCUUGGGGUUGAACCUCUCAAACCCAAGUUCUCAAUUGACAGCGUCUCACCACGCUCACCCCUACGCAUCCUCGAUCUCCUCCUCCGCCUCCUCCUCUUCCUCAUCUGUAUUCUCCCUCGAUGGCGUCUCCUCGCAGAGUUCGAUAUCAUCGACAUCGACCAACCCGGUUGACGUGAUUUGGGAGAAUGAGAGUAAUAGCCAGUUGGCGGGAAGAAAUCCGAACGGAGCAUGCCCCCGGGCUUUUGCCAAGGGACCUGCUUCCAAGGUGGACGGUGUAGUGCCAUCCGAGCUGCGAACGCACCCUCGGCGCACUAACAGUUAUUCUUCUAGCGCUCCCAGUGCGCGCCCUCCGCCAUGUCUGCUACGGCAGUCGGAACGGAAGGUGAACUUCGUCGAUAACCUCGUCGACACCGCAUCACAGAUUGUUGAGACCAUCUGGCCCCUUUCCGCCGCAGCAUCCCGCAGUGAUGCCGCGACCGGAUCCAAAGGGGUUCUUCCUCUCCGCACUUUUAUCCAAGAGACACUCCGCCGCUCGCGUACUAGCUACAGUACCUUGCAGGUGGCCUUGUAUUAUUUGAUUAAAAUCAAACCCCACGUACCCACGCAUGACUUCACUAAGGAGCAGCCUCGGGAUCAGUCGCCUUUGCGGGCGAUGCAGUGUGGGCGCCGGAUGUUCCUGGCAGCGUUGAUUCUCGCUUCAAAGUAUCUGCAGGAUCGCAACUACUCCGCUCGUGCCUGGAGCAAGAUUUCUGGCCUCAAUACUCUUGAGAUUAACCAGAAUGAGCUUAUGUUCCUCAAGGCGGUCGGAUGGCGCCUGCACAUUGACGAGGCAACCUUUCAGCGUUGGACUGACUUGGUAUUGAAGCUGACCCCUGGUGCCGGUGGACCCCCAGUUGGUAAAGGUCAGUGCUGGCAGACUGUCCUACCCAGACUCACUCCUGAACUGGAAUUUGUAGAGUCAGAGCCCGUGACCCCGGUUUCGGCGAUGGGUGGGAUGGAUCUCGGUCUGUCAGAACACCUCUCGCCUCGUAGUCUGCCAAGCAACGAGUCGGUGCGCUCCUUGCCGCGCGAACAAGCUCCGACAUGCGCUCGGAGUAUUCCGCGAACCCUGGAGCCAACUCCACGUAUGGAUUUUGCCAACUUGGCUUUGCCCAGUUUCCCACGGCCUAUGAUGCUUCCUACGCCACAGAUGACCCCCCAAUCUCAAGUGUCCUCCACUCCUGCAGCGAGUAUGGCUACUUACAACCCCCGUCGCCCAUCCAUCUGUACGGCUAUGUCUCAGGCGCAGAAUGUGUGCAUGGCGCGAUCAACACUCGAUCAGCGCCCGCCCCUGUCAUUCUGCCCUCGGACCCAGUCGUACGAUGGUUACCCGGCUGCGGCUCGUCGGUCAUCUUUGGCUCGCUCGACCUCCUCGGCGUCGUCGCCUGACUCGAUGGUUUCGGAUGUCUCUACUCUGUCGUCCCGCUCUUCGCGGUCGUCAUCAGUCUCGUCCAGCGCCUCAGGUACUUCUGGCUCGGCGCCAGCUCGUCUAGCUGUUAAGGCCACAUUGCGUUGCACAAGCAACUCCCUCAAGGAGUCCCGGAAGACUCUGGCCAUUGCCUCUCCGAUAGACGAGAGUUGUCUGGUCGGUGUCUACGGCUCUCCUGAAUAUCCUAGUUCCAUGGGUUCUUCAGUCCCAGACCUAUCUAAUUUUUCCCUGGAUUCCAGCCUGAGCGAAGCUGCUCAGAGUCUCUGCGAGCUUUCUGGCGCGACGCCCGAACGGCGCCAGUGCCGAAAACGUGGACGUACUGGAUCCGACGAUCUUUUGCUCCAAAACCAUGUGCGCCAUCUGAUCAACAUCGGGGCCUCCGGAGACCAAUCCGUGUUGCCUGAUGGAAAGUUCCCACGCUCAUUCAUGACGCAACAUGGGUCCUCCAUUCCCCCUGUGCAGACUGGCCCAGUCUCUGGACCGGCGGGCAUGAAACGUGCCUGCUGUGGCAGCGAAGCACGCAAGAUCGCGUUGAACCCGAGCCUCCGUGUUGCGGAGUACUUGAAUUAA